CGCUGCAUCUCGAAACUUUGUAGUUUUUCAUCGAAUAGAUAUCCACACCACCAUGGCAAUGCCUACGCUCACCACACCUCUGACGACCCUGCUGGGAAUCAAAUAUCCAAUCCUGCUGGCAGGAAUGGCUCGCACAUCUUCCGGUCCUCUUGCUGCCGCCGUCUCGAAUGCAGGAGGACUAGGGACAAUUGGUGGGUUGGGAUACAAUCCACAACAACUUCGCGAUAUCAUCACAGAACUCAAGGCGCAUCUUUCAUCGCCAGACCUACCUUUUGGUGUCGACCUCGCCUUGCCACAAGUAGGAGGUUCAGCACGAAAGACGAACCACGAUUACACACACGGACAACUGGAUCAACUGAUCGAUGUGGUGAUCGAAGAAGGUGCGAAACUGUUCAUCAGUGCAGUGGGUGUGCCGCCGAAGAGAGUUAUCGAUCGCUUGCAUGAAGCUGGCAUUUUGGUCAUGAAUAUGGUCGGACAUCCUAAGCAUGCUGUCAAAGCGCUUGAGGCAGGUGUGGAUUGCGUUUGUGCGCAAGGAGGUGAAGGUGGAGGCCAUACGGGUGAUAUUCCUGGAAACAUUCUUAUUCCGGCCGUGGUGGAUGCGGCGAGUAAGUAUAAAAGUCCGUUGACUGGAGAGCCUGCUUUGGUGGUCGCGGCAGGUGGUAUAUACAAUGGGCGAAGUUUGGCGGCGGCGUUGAUGCAAGGCGCGGCAGGUGUGUGGGUUGGCACAAGAUUCGUCGCAAGUGUCGAAGCUGGAUGCUCGAAGCUGCACAAAGAAGCAGUGGUGUCAGCAAAGUUCGAGGACACUUUGCGAACACUAGUUGUCAGCGGUCGACCACUUCGCGUCCGCAUGAACGAGUAUAUCCAGUCGUGGGAAGACAGACCAGAAGAUAUAAAGCGCUUGACCGAUCAAGGUAUCGUUCCGAUGCAAAAAGACAUGGACGAUGAUAAAGAUGUCGACUUGCCAUAUCUGAUGGGAACGGUCGCCGGUGUGAUCGGCGAUAUCAAACCUGCAAAGGAGAUUGUCGAAGACAUGGUCAGAGAGGCCGUCGACAUGUUGAACAGGGGACAGGGCUUUGUCGCAAGAGACAGCAAGUUAUAGACUGAGAGUAGUGUCAGGGACAGCCACAUUGCAAUCCCGUCAUUACAUAGCAGCAACGUCUCGACAAAUCUUCUUCAGCACCCAGCUUGUAGCCAGAACGCCGAUGAAAAAAAGAGAGACAAGAAGUCAUGUUGAGCCCG